AUGUAUCCACUUUGUUUUGAAAUUUUUGAUUCCGAAACAAAUGAGAACUGGAUCUGGUUCAUGCAAUUGCUUAGGCAAGCCAUAGGAUCGCCAAGGGGUUUAGCCAUAAGCACUGAUGCUGGGCAGGCGGUGAUGACAGGGGUAAACGAAGUUUUCCCAAAGGUAGAACAUAUGGAAUGCAUGUUUCACUUGGUGUCAAACUUCAAGAAAAAGUAUCACGGAAAGGUAUUUGAUGACCAUCUUUGGGUUGCUGCUUACUCAUGGAACAAGUAUAUAUUUGAGAAAAAUUGGGUUGCAAUGGAGACAGCAAAGCCAGCGGCAACUACAUAUCUUAGGAAGUGGCACACUAGGUUGUGGACUAGGAGUCAGUUCUCAACCAUUUGUAAGGUGGACUAUGUAACCAACAACCUGGCAGAGUGCUUCAAUAAAUGGAUUAAGCACCACAAGUCCUUGAACUUGGAUGACUUAAUGGACAAGCUUAGGCAGAUGAUUAUGAUCAUGUGGAAUCGAAGGAGAAAAGUAGCAAAGAAGUUAGCUAGCUUAUUAAUUUUGCCCCACAUAAUGAAGAAGUUGAAUGCAAAGAGUAGAGAGUUAAACUUGGAGGUGGUAGAAAGCUCGGAAGAAGUUGCUGAAGUUACUCAAUUGGGAGGCAACGGGUUUAGGUUUGUCGUCAACUUGCAUGAUAACACAUGUUCUUGUAGACAAUGGCAAGUUUCCGGACUUCCUUGCAAGCAUGCUCUAGCAUUCAUCACAUCACUUGUCAAUGCACAUAUACAGAAUUAUGUGGACUCAUAUUACUCCAUUGACAAGUUUAGGGCAGCUUAUGGCCAACUAAUCCCUGCUAUGUGUGACAAGACCCAGUGGCCUGAAUCUAACCAUGGAUUCUUCAUGCAUCCACCCUUGUUAAAAGUUGUAGCUGGUCGGCCCCAAACUGAGAGGCAUAAGGGUUGCGGUGAGAAAAAGAGGAAAAGUAGCCAGCACUUGUACCCUAUUUGCAAGGAAUACGGGCACCAUUGGCAUAAGUGUAAGAAGGGUAACAAAGAUGACAUUGCUGCUUUCAUGGCUGUGAGAGAACCACCAAAGAAGAGGAGGAAGACUACUAAAACAUCUGAGUCAUCCAUUGUGCCAAGAGGUGAUGACGCGCCGACAGCCGCUAUGUAUUUUCCACCAAGCCAAAACUUGGAAACUACAACCAAGAAGAAGGGAAAGCAUAACCAAACAUUGGAGACUACAAACAAGAAAAAUGCAAAAGGGGGGAAAAGGGCCACAAGGAAGAUGGAGCUUGCUAAAAAGGAUCAAAACAAUCUGAUGGUUCCAUUUGACAGCCCUGCAAUGGGCACUAGAAGCAAAAGAGCUUACCCAACUAGCCCUGCAAUGGGCACAAGAAGCAAAAGGCGGCUCAGCUUGUGA